CUUUUGGACGAAAUGGAUGGUCGCUUAAGUCUCUGGUUGCUAGCAUCUUCGUUUUCUGGCCACGUUAGAGUGCAACAAAUUUAUUUUAUUGUUACAUUGAGCCAGCUUGUAAGAGUAUAUUUCACUUUGUUGUUCAUCAACGAUUUCGUUACAUUUGCAGGAUCACGCGUCAAAUUUUUAGCGAGAAUGGGGCUGUAUUCCGUGCGUAGUUACUGGCAUCAGGAAUAUCACUAUCACGAGGAACAGCACCAUGGCAUGUUUUUGACGAGGAAUACUCUCAAGCCUCAUGUGCGCGAGACAAUGAGGAUGAGUUUGAGAUUCUUCUUGAACAUGGCUGAACUACAGUAUUUUGUUUCAGGUCGCAGUUUGUGCACAAUUUUUUCACAGAUGGAACUUGUACAGUCACGAGGCUUCGACAACUUGUCCAGCACCAUAGUCUGCUACAAUGGCCGCAUAUUUUUUUGUAUUACAGACCCAUCAACAUUAGUUUUGAAUUGAACAAGUGGCAAUACAAACUUGAAGAGCUUUUCGAAGUCUUUUCAAGGAGUCCAAAAUGGUGGCUCAGCCCCCAACCAAUUGCAAGGAAAGGCUGAUCAAAGUUUAUGUGUGAAACUAAAGAACGCUCUUUUCAUUUAUUGUAAUCGGUUUUCUGAUGAGGUGUGCACCAAUAGCAACACUCCGCUUGCCAGUAAAAUAUAGGAGGUAGUCCAUGAUGAAUAAGGCGAGAGUGAUCCUGGUUCGAACGGUGGGCCAUUAAUCUGAAUGCCAAGUGUCCUGGACUUUUCAAUA